AGCGCUUUCCCACACUGGUGUUAUCGCGUUUAAAUCAUGGUUUGUUUUCUUCAGCAGGGCUGUAGUUAGUGAAGGGGGCCAGCAGGGGCCUUAGUGCUCGCUCAUUGUUUGUGUCUCAGUGUAGCUCUGCACCGCCGGCAGAGAGAGCGAGCUACCGAGAGCGACGGGUCCGAGGAAAAUGGCGGACGGUGUGGAUCACAUCGAUAUCUACGCCGACGUAGAGGAGGAAUUCACCCAGGAAGCCGACUACCCAGUCCACGAACAGAUCGACCUGUAUGAUGAUGUUAUAUCCCCAUCAGCCAAUAAUGGAGAUGCUCCGGAAGACCGGGACUAUCUGGACACACUGCCUACACAGGGUGGCUCAGAGGGAGGGAAGAGUUCCCAACCCAACGUGGUGUACACCUACACCGGCAAAAGGAUUGCCCUGUACAUAGGAAACCUAACAUGGUGGACGACUGACGAGGACCUGACAGAAGCUAUCCGGUCGGUCGGCAUCACAGAUGUGCUGGAGAUCAAGUUCUUUGAAAACAGAGCCAAUGGCCAGUCAAAAGGGUUUGCACUGGUGUGUGUGGGCUCAGAGUCAUCUUCCAGGAAAUUGAUGGAGCUGCUGUCAAAGAGGGAGCUCCAUGGUCAGAAUCCCAUCGUCACGCCGUGCAACAAACAGUCCCUCAGCCAGUUUGAGAUGCAGUCACGCAAAACGUUAUCUCCUCAUUUCCAAGGUACCCAGUCAGGCCAGAUGUCCGGGGAAGGCAAAGCUGGUCCCCCUGGCGGUGGCCUUCGUGGAGGGGGUUUCCCCAUGGGUCGAGGCAGAGGCAGGUUCCCCGGACCACCGGGCCCCGGAGGAGACCGCUUCCCUGGUCCUGUUGGACCUGGAGGACCACCUCCACAUUUCCCUGGCUCGGGAAUGAGACCAGAUCUGAUUAGGCACCAAGAUGGCCCUCUGAUGGAUAUGAGUUUCAAUCCCUUCCCGCCGGGGGGCAGGAACGGGAACUGGCGUGGCAGAGGUGGGAUGCAGGGUCCACCACGUCCCCCUCCUGGCCCACCCGGACCCCCUGGUCCUCCAGGACCUCCACCUGGCCAGGGUCUACCCCCUCCCCUCCCUGGUCCUCCAAAUCGUGGCGACAGGCUUCCUCCCCCUGUUCUCUUCCCUGGUCAGUUUGGCCAGCCUCCCAUGGGCCCCCUGCCCCCAGGCCCCCCACCUCCAGGUUACGGCCCUCCCCCUGGUCCCCCGCCACCUCAGCAGGGCCCACCACCCCCGGGACCCUUCCCUCCACGUCCCCCAGGCCCAAUUGGGCCCCCCAUGGCUUUGGCUCCACCUCCACACAUGCCAGGUCCCCCACCAGGUGGACCACCGCCAGCACCCCAUGUCAACCCUGCCUUCUUCCCCCCACCUGGCAACAACAACAUGCCCCCCAAUGACAACCGCGGCCCCCCUGGACCAAACGACCCAUACGGACGUCCGCCACCAUAUGAAAGAGGGGACUACGGUCCUGGAGGCCGGGACAUGGAGGCGUCACGGACCCCACUGAGCGAGGCAGAGUUUGAGGAGAUCAUGAACAGGAACAGAGCCAUCUCCUCCAGUGCUAUUUCUCGAGCAGUGUCUGACGCCAGUGCAGCUGACUAUGGAAGUGCCAUAGAGACCUUGGUGACAGCCAUCAGUCUGAUCAAACAGUCCAAAGUGUCGGCCGAUGACCGCUGUAAGGUCCUCAUCAGUUCCCUGCAGGACUGUCUCCACGGCAUUGAGUCAAAAAGCUACGGUUCUGCCUCCAGUCCAAUGAUGCUUCUCAAUGCCAGGCGAGAACGUUCCAGGGAACGGGACCACAGCCGCUCCAGAGAAAAGAGCAGACGUCACAAGUCUCGCAGCCGCGAUAGACAUGAAGACUAUUACAGAGAACGCAGCCGGGAGCGCGACCGCCAUCGUGAGAGGGACAGGGACCGUGACCGUGAGAGAGAGCGUGAAAGGGAGUACCGACACCGCUAGACCAUUAGGAAGCUUACGAGGAUCAAGGAUGGAAGGAAAAGGAGGAAGGAUUUCAGUGCGCCACCACCUCCCCGCCCUGCAUGACCGGACAGGAUCACAAGCACCACCUCUUCCUCCAUCUCUCCUGUCCUCCCACACUUCUCUCUUGUCUGUUCAUCUUGUCUGCCUGAAUAGAGCAGCGGAUGGAAGACCCUGACCUGUGUAAGGCUAUGUUAUCCAAACAUCUAUACUCAUGUUAACUAAAGAUGAAAGAAAAGAAACUUUCCAGACAAUUCUUUUAUUUUUAUGAUGUUUUAUUUGACAAGAAAAUGACUGUGAUGCUUUUUUUUUUGCAAAGAAACAAUAAAAUAGCCCACCAAUCCCCUACUAGAAGACUCAAACAUCACAUCCCGUUUGCUUUUUAUUUUCCCCUGGCUCGCUGUACUGUGUUCAUUCAGUUUAGAGAUCAGUUUUUAUAGGGUGCAUAAUUGAUGUGUUCUCUCCACCCCCUCUUACUCUCAUUUAUUCUUUUUGUUGUUAGAAUGUUUGUAAAUGUCUCUGCUUUUGAUUAAAAACUAGAUGGUGUUGUAAUAAAAAAUGUUUACUGAGGUACUCGAUGCAGUUGGUGAAUUCCUCUACAUGUUUGGGUCAUUUAUAUUAAAUGUGUAUUUUGGACUGCAAACCUUUCAUAUUGAAUGUCCACCUUUUGGAUUUUUUUCUUCUGUUUUCUAGCUAGCAAGCGGCUUUAUGGUUUUAGAAAAAAAAACCUUUUUGUUAUUGUGUUCCUUUCUCUAAAUGGAAAAAAGACUGUUUACAAAGUGGUUUCUGUUUGUAAUCGCACUGAUAAGCUAUUACCAAGAACCUUCCCUACUCAAAUUUGUCUUUUUUCCUGAUGGUGUGAAAUAUUUCUUCUCAGAUUAGGCAAACCAUAUUACUUCAAGCAGGGAUUGUAGUAAACCUGGAGUUGGUCGUCCGUUACAUUUUUAUUCUAAAUAACAUUUUCAAUUUCAAGUAAAUUUGACUUUUUCCAGCCUUUGUUGCACAAUUUUGUCCACAUGUUGUAUAUUCAUGUUCAACACUUUACCCUGUCACUCCACAACAGUGGCAACAGAUUCAGUGAAGGUUCUUCAUGAGCAAAUUCUUAAAGAUGCUGUCUGCACCAUAACACUAACCUUGUCAUAUGCACGGCAUCAUGUCUUUCUUUCCAACACCCAUAAUGUUUGUCUUGCAUUUUUGUUGGGCUGUGAUUGUAUGGACUUUGUGAUACAGAGCUUUUAGUUUGUAGUAUUUGAGGUGGUCAUUUUGGCAAAUAAGCACGGAGGUAAAUGUCUGUUUUUUACUGUCUGGUCAAUAUUUUCAAUUACAAAAUAUAUUCAGCAUAGAUAUCCUGAUAUUUGACAUUGGCCAGUCCAAUUAUUGAAUUUUAGUAAAUAAAACUUGGUAAAAAAUA